GAGCCACCAGCUGCAAGCCAACAAGCAGGCAGGCAGGCAGCAGCAUCAUCAGCGAGGGGUGAGGCACGCUUUUCACGCACAAGUGGACUUACAUGCAAACACACACACACACACACACACACACACACACACACACAGGAAGCAUAGGUAUCAUGUCCAGUGCCUGCAUGCUGACCUGUAGUAAGGGGAGGUGCUCCGCUUGCAGCUCCAUGUCCGCUUCAGUCCUCUAAGCACCACCCAUUUGCCCUCCUCCCACCCACCUUGAGUGCUGCUUGAUGUUGCGGCUGGUGAGGGGCUGGCUGGAAUGACCCUGGAGAAAGCAAGCGACACAAGAAGAUGAUGUGUUCAAUAAGGCUGCCGGCAAGGAGGAACGCCUGAUACUUCAUCCUGGAAAGAAAGGGGGCUGACCUGCUCGGCACAUGCAUGCCCAUGUAGGAGGGCAUGGCCGUAUAGAGCGAGGGUCUUCAUUAAUCAAUCUGGACUAAAGGACCACGACAGGGAAACACGCAGGUGAAUGAUUUUGAAACGGAGUGCAGUCUUUGCAGUGCAGACCUGUCCCAUGCUGCUCCCUCCUCUCAGGGGAUGGCCAAGGUCCAGGAUGGACACAUAUAUGCAUGUGACAGCUCUGCAAUGUUAGAGGAGGGCCAAGAUGGUAUGGACAGUGGUACCCUAAGUCCUGCCACAGCUCGACAGGUCACCAUCCAGCGACACCCUACCCAAGGCUUCGGCUUCAUUGCAGGCAGCCAGAGGCCGGUCAUCGUACGUUCAGUCUCUGCUGACGGACCUUCCUUUGGUAAGCUUCUCCCAGGAGAUCAGAUCUUGGCCAUUAACGAGGAGACGGUGAGCGACGCUCCCCGAGAGAGAGUCAUAGACCUUGUAAGACACUGCAAAGAUACUAUUCUUCUCACUGUGCUGCAGCCGCAUCAGUCACCGAAAUCUGCCUUCAUAAGUGCAGCCAAAAAGGCCCGUCUGCGAACUAACCCGCCGAAAGUGCGCUUUUCAGAGCAAGUGUCCAUCAGCGAUCCAGACACAACAAUGCUGAAGGACGACUCUUUGCUUCUCAUACCCAAUGUGUUGAAGGUCUUUUUGGAGAAUGGGCAAAUAAAGUCCUUUACCUUUGAUAGCCGUACAACUGUGAGGGAUGUGAUCUCCUCCCUGCAGGACCGCCUCUCACUACGUUACAUUGAGCACUUUGCCUUGGUGCUGGAGGCAGGCGGUCUUGACCAGAAUCAAAAACUACAUCUGCUGCAGGAGAACCAGCCCCUGACGCAUGUGGUGCAUAGAACCUAUUUCCAAGGAAUGAAGUGUCUGUUUCGCAUCUGCUUCUUCCCCAAGGACCCCGCAGACUUGCUUAGAAGGGACCCGGCGGCAUUUGAGUAUCUGUACAUUCAGAAUCGCAAUGAUGUAAUCAAGGAACGCUUUGGCAUGGAUUGGAAAUCUGACAUCACAUUACGACUGGCCGCACUCCAUAUCUACAUCACUGUGUCCUCGGCGAGGCCCAAUCAGAAGAUUUCUCUCAAGCAUGUAGAAAAGGAGUGGGGACUUGAGCCUUUCCUUCCCCUCACUCUGCUUCCAACAGUCAAAGAGAAGAACGUAUGCAAGAUUCUGUCACAGCUGUUGAAGACCUACCAGCAUCCACCACCAUCGGGCAACAAGGUCCCUCCUCUCCAAGGAAAACUGCAGUACAUGCGGGUACUCAAUGACCUCCCCCCCUUUGGAGGAAUACUGUUCAACACGGUUGAACUGGAUGAGAAACAAUCAGCCACAACUCUUCUGGUGGGUCCUCGACAUGGCAUCAGUCAUGUGAUUGAUCUGAAAAACAACCUGACCACCGUUCUGACCGAGUUCAGCAGAAUAUCCAAGAUCCAGCUCUAUCGAGAAACACAAGGCGUGGCACGAGUGGAAGUUUCAAUCCACGACGGCAAGCCUUUGGUUCUACUCAUGGAAUGGCCAGAUGCCACCAACUUUGCCUGCCUCAUUUCUGGCUACUACAAGCUCUUUGUAGACCCGAAAAGGAACAUUUAUUUCAGGAUCUCUGGUCAGUCUCACAUGACCAAGGCAGAUUACAGAAGCUCCCACCAUUCACACCCACGCUCUGGGGCAACCGGAAGUGGAGGGCGAAGAGGGGAUGAGAGAGAAAGCUCACACAGAGAGUCAGGGUCUUCCAGGGCCGUAGCUCCUGCAGAGUCUCAACAUCUAGGUCUGUGUCAUUUCCACCUUCAGGAACAACAGCAGUUUCAGGAGCUCCAAGCACACCCUGAAGCUGAACUUGACAUCAAUGAGAACUUUAUUUCCCAGGAGGCCCCUGGGCGGCCCCGAACCAAGUCAGACCCCACGCAGCAGAGUGCCGAGGAUAUAACUGGGGUGUCGUUGAGUCCACCAGUGGAAAAUGCAGGAUUUAGACACCGAGCCCAAACUCUCGCACAGACAAAGAAAUCAGCACGUUUCUUCUGUGAUUCCUGUAAAGAGAGGCACAGGAACGAAGAUCCAUCCGCAGUGGGAAGUGGUCGGAGCUCGGGAAAAACAUGCUCAAGUGCUUGCGCUUCCCGAGAUGGAGGUAGCGUUGACCUCACGGCUCUGCCGCCCCCUGGAAACGAGGACGACGAUGAGGAGGAGCCACCCGUUGGAGGUGAAAAGCUGCAACUACCACCACCUGCGAUUGCCGCACCACCGCCAGGCUUCAGAGACAACAGCUCUGAUGAGGAUGACUCAAAGAGAGGGAGGAAGGCGAGAACCAGUGCCAACCCUGAUAUCACCAGUGGGAAACAACGCCAAACUAAGGAAGAUGUGCCCGUGACACUUAUUGAUAACGUGGCCACGAGAACGGUUCGAGAUCAUGCACAGGAACUUGACGAUGCUUUGGUGUCCACCUUACAAGCUCUUGAGGCUUUGGCAGCUUCUGAGGACUACCCCCAUUCCCAUCAGCAACCAACACAGACUGCAGGGCUCAUCGUUUUGGCUGCCAUUACACCCGAAUCAUCGUUGGACUCCGGCCAUGAGACAAAUUCCUCUGAACUGACAGAUGUUUCUGAGAUGGUUUCAGCAAUGAAGCAGAACCAAAACCAGGCAUACCUCCUAGCCCACCAUAUAAACAAGGAAAGCCGCCUCUGCCGUCGUGAUUUUCCUCUGGCAAUCCCCGGCUGCACAGCAAAGACAAUAGGGACGGGGGCAUUUUCUGUAGGUCAGAUUCGUGCUGGAUGUCCACCCAAGCAAGUAAUCCUCAGUAAGACUGUGCCCUUUAAAGUCGGCCCCUGUCAAGACUCUGGAAUAGUCGGUGUUGUGACGGAGCAUAGAACCAAUCAAGAAACUAUUCCGAACGAGCAGACGCCUGAAUUGAAAGCAAACUUCGAUUCCACUAAAGGAACCGUCCCCGAUCCUCCAUCUAAACCAACGGAAGAACUUAAAGUGUCUGAGAUUUCACUUUCAGCUCAAGUCACUAAAGAUCCAAAGUUAUCCAUUGCCGCUGGGGAGAUACCGAGGCUAAAUCUUCCAGAUGGCGUAAAGGAGAAAGCAGCACCACCUCUUAAUUCAGACAAAGCCUUAUCUGUUCUCUUAAGUGUGGACAGAACUUCCUCAGCCAAGAUUCCCCUAACUAACAUGUGCCAAGACGCCGAGACUGCCUCUAGCGAGACCAUGAAGCCUUCCAGUUCGACGGAAUUUCUGUCAGUAGAUGAUCUUUUCUGCACGUGCCCAGUACAACAGGAACCCGGGCCUCAGUUAAGAAUUAAAGAUCCGCAGGUUCAGAAGGUGGUAGUGUUUCAAUCCUCAUCCCCGACUGAUGACGAGCGUCUUCGAGCAAAAGGACUCUUCUUAGCUAACAACAAAGAAACUGCAGUAAGAGUCGCAGCGGAAUGUACUUUGGCAAAACCAAGUCCUACAGUUCAGAAGAAGUAUUCUCCUCGUUUGCCUCUAAAAGCAGAAAGAAAAGAUGGAGCAGAGACCAAGACUGAUGUCGCACCAGGAAAAUCUCACUCUGAGCCGCAGAUAUGUGCCACAAAAUCAUUACCUAAUUUGGAGGAUAGCGCAGCGAGCCCAUCUUUAGAUAAGGUAUCUACUCUACCAGCGAGAGAAUCGAAGAAAGUGGGCAAGCCCCAGCGAAGUGCCCCCUUUUUAAGCAUCCGAAAUCUACUUUCCGCGACCUUCCCAGCAAGAAUGAGAAGAGAAACAGAUGAGCGACGGGCUCAGCUUCAAAAAGUUCGUCAGUACGAGUUGGAGUUCUUAGAAGAGCUACUGAAACCCAAGUCCUCGCAGGGAGAGUAUUUACCCCAAGGAUCCUCACCUGUGACCUCAGGGACCCCUUGUGCCUGUCAGCUACGCACCAGCCCUGUCCUAAAAGCACCGGGAAUCUCCAGGGAGCAGAGACGUAGCUGUGACUGUAAGCGAAUGUGUAGAGGAAUGAGGUUACCGGACACACCGGUCGGCUCCACGACAGAAACGCAGAACCGAGGCAGGGAGAGAACUACGGCUAAGACUCCUACCACGGUCCCUAAGGUACCUCACAGUGAAGGCACUACAAGAAGAUCUCAGAACUUGGAAGUCAAAACUGCACGAAUACGUUCUAUCAGUCUUGAGUCGAGGGAACCGAGGGGAGAGCAGGGGUCCUGUUUGCCGGCCUGUACCUCACAAACUGACUAUAUGGAGGAACCACAAAAGCUCCAGAGGCGAUAUAGCAUUGGAGAACUGGAUAACAAUACAAACACUCCCGUUUAUGCGGAAGUGAAGCCUAAAUCUAAGAGUCUUGAGAAAGAGAUGGAGAGAGUCAGGGCCACAGGAUUGAGGCUGCCGACCCCAGUGGAGCCAAUUCAUACGCAGUCUCUUCAGCCGGACGGAAAGGGAAAGAAGGGGGUGUUUUUUAUACAGAGCAAUGAGUUAUUGUGUGAAAAUAAAAGCGAAACCGGGGAGGUACUGCUAACCUUGCCAAGCGAAGAUGGCGACGACAAGGAUAAAUGCUGCUCAUUCUGUUUCUGCUACAGAAAAUGCGAGGCAGCAGAUGAGAGCAGUGAGAAGGACGAGUUAUCCUACUCCAUUCCGCUUCAGGUUCUUCCAGGCAUGGAGUUGGAUUCAAGUACCUUCCCUGUUGUGAGCAAAACCCUCCAGGUUCUUAAUGCAGAGGACUGUAGUGGCGAGGAGGACGCGGAGAAAGAACCACAGGCACAGGAGAUCGACCUCAGAGCAUGCAGUACCCUGGAGGGCAGCCUGGCACGGGUUCAGGCUCUCCAAGGGAAAUCCUUCAACUUGCCGGAUGGUUUCCUAAAUGCCCAGUUGGACGCUAACGAGUUAUUAGCUAUCCUGCGUCAGUGUGCAAACAGCCCACAAGCUGAGGGCGAAGCUCGUCUUCAGCCCUCGCGGAUUGCGGAGUACAAACAGGAGCUGGCGGUGCGCUUCAAGGAAUUCCGAGCAUCGUGUCGGAGAGUGGCGAGCGUGGAAAAAAGCCCGACUUGUAUGCUCGCUGUUGUCACGGCCAGCUUUAAAGUGCUGUGCGAUUUAACGCAGACCUUCAUAAAACUGGUCAGAGGGGUUCGCACAGAAGCUCAAAGACAGCAGCUGCUGAGGAAAGUGGAGGAAGUCGCCAUUAACUACACUUUGCUUCUUCGCGCGGCAGAAGAAUCGAUGGGACAUUCGAGCAGCCUGCCAACAAAAACACUGAGCCCUCAAGUGUCCUCCAACACCAAUAACAUGAGCUCACUCACCCGGCCCAUCAAAGUCCUUCCCGCCCAGUAAAGAUAACUCCACAAAUCCAACACAAGCUCAUUAAAUAUUCAUUUAUUGUUUACAUUUUUACUGAAUGUGCAACGGAUACUAAAUGCAGCUGUUCCAUCCCAUGUUUACAGGCCCUGAGGUAGCCUUGUGGAUAUUGCUCUGUAAUGUAAAGAUACACCAAAAUAAUGCACAAGUGAACAGAACCCCACAAAAGACUGAGUGAUACAGGGCUAAUCACCUCAUCAGUAUAUUAUCAAAAACAAAUAAGUCAAUACAGUAUAAUAUUUUAUAUGUAGUGUACAUUUGAGUUGUGUCUACUUAGAGAAUAUAACAUUUUUGUGAAGAAAAAAGUGAUACAUAUAUUUCAAGACAAUUAUAAAGAAUAAAAAUAUAUGCUCUGGACAAAAAAAAGAGAUUUUGUCAAGUAGCGACUGCUGUAAAGUGCAUAGUUUAAAGCAAUGGUUGGUGAAAUGGUACUAUGUAUGUAUGAAGUAAAUGUUGUAAUGAACAGAUUUAUGUUGGCUAUGUCGGACAUAUUUAAGACAUAAGUGCAAGUGUUGGCCCAAGAACCAGAUUUGGCCACCGAAGACCAGGUCGCCCAUGCACACGCCCUUGACCGCCACCCAAAACGCAAUGCACCGGACCCUUAUGCUUGCCCCCGUAGGUGGUGGGUCACCUGCGAGCCCCUCCCCCGGGCCUGGCUCCAGGGUGAGGCCCCGGUAUCCCACAUCCAGGCGAGGUACAGUUCCUCUACGGUACGGUUUAAGUAUAUCGUGGUCUUGUUCACGAGUGAGGGAAAGUGGGAGCGUGAGGUCGACACACAGAUCAGUGCAGCCUCGCAGUAAUGCAAUUGCUGUACCGGACCCUUAUGCUUGCCCCCGUAGGUGGUGGGUCUACGAGGGGGAGAUCCUGCGAGCCCCUCCCCCGGGCCUGACUCCAGGGUGAGGCCCCGGUAUCCCACAUCCGGGUGAGGUACGGUUCCUCCUCUAUGGUAUGGUUUAAGUAUCUCGGGGUCUUGUUCACGAUUGAGGGAAAAUGGGAACGUGAGGUCGACACACGGAUCGGUGCAGCCUCGGCAGUAAUGCGGUUGCUGUACCGGACCCUUAUGCUUGCCCCCAUAGGUGGUGGGUCUACGAGGGGGAGAUCCUGCGAGCCCCUCCCCCGGGCCUGGCUCCAGGGUGAGGCCCCGGUAUCCCACAUCCAGGCGAGGUACAGUUCCUCUACGGUACGGUUUAAGUAUAUCGUGGUCUUGUUCACGAGUGAGGGAAAGUGGGAGCGUGAGGUCGACACACGAAUCAGUGCAGCCUCGCAGUAAUGUGGUUGCUGUACCGGACCCUUAUGCUUACCCCCGUAGAUGGUGGGUCUACGAGGGGGAGAGCCCGUGUGGCUUCUUCGAGCUGGGCCCGGCCCGACCACCAGGGGCUCGCAGGCGGCGAGCCAGUCCCCCGGGCCUGGCUCCAGGGUGAGGCCCCGGUAUCCCACAUCCGGGCGAGGUACAGUUCCUCCUCUACGGUACAGUUUAAGUAUCUCGGGGUCUUGUUCACGAGUGUGGGAAAGUGGGAGCGUGAGGUCGACACACGGAUCGGUGCAGCCUCGGCAGUAAUGCGGUUGCUGUACCGGACCCUUAUGCUUGCCCCCUUAGGUGGUGGGUUUACGAGGGGGAGAUCCUGCGUGCCCCUCCCCCAAGCCUUGCUCCAGGGUGAGGCCCCGGUAUCCCACAAUCCGGGCGAGGUACGGUUCCUCCUCUACGGUACGGUUUAAGUAUCUCGGGGUCUUGUUCACGAGUGAGGGAAAGUGAGAGCGUGAUGUCGACACACGGAUCGGUGCAGCCUCGGCAGUAAUGUGGUCGCUGUACCGGACCCUUAUGCUUGCUCCCGUAGGUGGUGUGUCGACGAGGGGGAGAUCCCGUGUGGCUUCUUCGUGCUGGGCCCAGCCCGACCACCAGGCGCUCGCCUGCGAGCCCCUCCCUUGGGCCUGGCUCCAGGGUGAGGCCACGGUAUCCCACAUCCGGGCGAGGUACGGUUCCUCCUCUAUGGUACGGUUUAAGUAUCUCGGGGUCUUGUUCAUGAGUGAGGGAAAAUGGGAGCGUGAGGUCGACACACGGAUCGGUGCAGCCUCGGCAGUAAUGCAGUCGCUGUACCGGACCGUCGUGGUGAAAAGAGAGCUGAGCCGGAGGGCAAAGCUCUCAAUUUACCGGUCGAUCUAUGUUCCCACCCUCACCUAUGGUCAUGAGCUUUGAGUCAUGACCGAAAGAACUAGUUCGCGGAUACAGGCGGCUGAAAUGAGUUUCCUCCGUAGGGUAGCUGGACUCACCCUAAGAGAUAGGGUGAGGAGCUCAGUCCGGUCCCCCGGGAGGGGCUCAGAGUAGAGCCGCUUCUCGAGAGGAGUCAGUUGAGGUGGCUCGGGCAUCAAGUCCGGAUGCCUCCUGGACGCCUCCCUGGUGAGGUGUUCCGGGCAUGCCCAGCCGGGAAAAGGCCCCGGUGCAGACCUAGUACAGUAGUCUCACAGCUGGCCUGGGAACGCCUUGGUGUCCUUUCAGUGGAGCUGGAGAAGGUGGCCGGGGACCGGGAAGUUUGGGCUUUCCUAUUAAGACUGCUGCCCCCGCGACCCGGACCCGGAUAAGCAUAGGAAAAUGAAUGGAUGGAUGGUGCCAGUGUUGGAUAACAAAACCCGCUCAAUGCCAAGCGCAACAUAGUCAACUUACGGUAGUCAUGCCGACCCUGUUGGUAUGCAUACACCUGCACUGGGUACAUCAUGUAGCAGAGACCCAAGUAACACUCUUAUCCUCUGUACUAUAACAUCCUGUAGAGAAAGAAUGCCCACACUGCACCUGAUACGAGAACUGUGUUUCACACCAAACUUGCAUUUCACGAUUCACGUGCACAAUAAGCCAGUUUAUUAAAAAUGGACAAUUCCUGCUCAAGCCAAACACCGAUGUUGUCCUCACAUUUAGCUCAAAAUACUAUGUACUGUAAAUCAUGCUAUAGUUUUAAGUAUUACCCAUCCACAAGCAAUGGAAUAAGCUUACUAUUCAUCUUGUGGAAUUAGAACUGAUGUUGAAAUAAUGCAUAAUACGGUAUUUUAUCCCAUCGUCAUCGGCUAUGAGUUUCACGUAAUCCGAGUCCUUUGUCAUGUUAGGUUGUCAGGCGCAAUAUCGAUUUGCUUUCUAUGUGCUGUUGUACAUUGUGCAAUCUAGGAAGUAUAUAAGAAAAACACACAAAGUAGUUUUCUAUGUAUUUUAAUAAAACUAACACAUACGCUUUGUGUCUGAAAUCUUCUUUGUGUCUCCAUUAGAUAUGAAGUCGCUUCACACGUGUGUUAGCCUAAUAUGGACAUGCUGUUAAAGGACAGUGCUGUGCAAAAGCACGGAUAGCAAAUUAAUAAAUACUGAUGAAAUUGUAUUUUCCAAAACAGUAUAUAAAUGUUAAAUCCCUGGAAUAUAUUUUAGAAAUCCUAUUAAAAUUGCCCAUAAAUCAUUCAGGGUGUUUUAAUUGCACUAUUUUACAUUUAUGAUCAGUUUAUCAACAGCACAGUUUCACAUGAUUUUUCUGUUUUAAUCAAUUAAUAUAGAAAAUUUAAUUUCUGACAAAAUUAUGUUCACAAGCACUCUCUCUUGACAGUUUGUCCGUUGUAGUGGCAUUUCUCAUAAACAUAAAAUGUGUUCAUUCUUUGGUUCUUUUUCAUGAGUUCUCAAUGUUGCCCAUUAAAAAAAAUUAUAUUUGCAUUUUACAGUACGAAUAAGAAGAUAAGGUUGGAAAAUGGCAACAUGUAAAUAUUUUCUACUUUAUAUUACGCAUAUUAUAUUUAAAUGUAAAUAUAAAAAUGAAGUAUUUGUUAUAUACACGUCCCCAACAUAACAGUUUAUAGUAGUAAUGUAACAUACAGGCAAGUAGCAGACCACUUAAGGAGUAAAGUGCAAUGAAUAAGCAUGAAGCAUUUAUUUUUCUAUUAUUGUUAUUCUCUCAUCAUGACAAACAACUUUGUGUGGUUGCUUUGCUGAACUAUGACAUUCACUCCAAAAAGGCCGCCAUGGUGUGAUCCAUUGUUUCUGUUGUUGGGUGUUGUUUUUUUUGUUUUUUUUUAUGUACACCUAUUCAUUCCUGUCUUACUCUUCGUGGUUU